AGCACCAUCUCUGUUCUCCGUAGCGAGACCGCAACAAAUCUGCCGAGAGAAGCUCGAGAUAAUCAAACCGAGGCUUGUUUUCAGGCCCAGAGUCCCCUAUCAGCAUGACAAAAGAAGAGACUGGGGAGGUGGAGGAGGAGGCCCAGCCUGUCUCGGAGUACCAGAGCCCCGUCCACGAGCCUCGCAAGAGACCCAUGGUGCACCCCUCCGCCCAGGCUCCGCUCCCCAAGGACUACGCCUUCACCUUCUUCGACCCGAACGACCCGGCCUGCUUAGAGAUCCUGCUGGACCCUCAGACCACCAUCCCUGAGCUGUUCGCCGUCAUCCGCCAGUGGGUCCCCCAGGUGCAGCACAAGAUCGACCUCAUCGGCAACGAGAUCCUUAAACGUGGUUGCCAUGUCAACGACCGUGACGGACUGACAGACAUGACGUUGCUCCACUACAGCUGCAAGGCUGGGGCCCAUGGAGUUGGUGACCCGGCGGCAGCCCUGCGCCUGUCCUCUCAGCUGAUCUCUCAGGGAGCGGACGUGAGUCUGAGGAGUCGCUGGACCAACAUGAACGCCCUCCACUACGCCGCCUACUUUGACGUCCCGGAGCUCAUCAGGGUCCUGCUCAAGGCCUCCAAACCUAGAGUGCUGAACUCGACAUGCAGUGAUUUCCACCAUGGCACAGCUCUGCACAUCGCUGCCUCUAACCUGUGUCUGGGCUCCGUCAAGUGUCUGCUGGAGCAUGGAGCCAACCCCACUGUCAGGAACGACAAAGGCCAGGGCCCUGCCGAGGUGGUGCCAGACCCCAUGGACAUGAGCCUGGACAAGGCCGAGGCGGCCAUGGUGGCCAAGGAGCUGAAGCAGCUGCUGCUGGACUCUGUGCCUCUGAGCUGCAACCUGCCGCGGGCCACCCUGACCAACUACGACAACAUCCCUGGGAACCUCAUGCUGUCCUCCCUGGGGCUGAAGCUGGGGGACCGAAUCCUGCUGGACGACAUGAAGAAUGGCACCCUGCGUUUCUGUGGGACGACAGAGUUCGCCAGCGGCCAGUGGGUGGGCGUGGAGCUGGACGAGCCGGAGGGCAAGAACGACGGCAGCGUGGGCGGAGUCCGCUACUUCAUCUGCCCCCCUAAACUGGGCAUCUUUGCCCCCGUGUCUAAGAUCUCCAAGGCCCAGGACCAGACUCCCUCCUCCGUCACCUCCACCCCCCGGACGCCCCGCAUGGACUUCUCCCGCGUCACCGGGAAGAACAAGAAGGAGAAGAAGGAGAAGGGGAGAGAGAAAGCCCUGAAGAAAAAGUCAGCAUCAGUGGCCAGUGUGGACCCAGAGCUGCAGGUGGAUGUGGGGGAUCAGGUGCUGGUGGCGGGACAGAAACAAGGCACCGUGCGUUUCUACGGCAAGACCGACUUCGCUCCAGGUUACUGGUUCGGGGUGGAGUUGGAGCACCCUACAGGGAAACAUGACGGCUCGGUGUUUGGGGUGCGCUACUUCAGCUGCCUGCCCAAGUACGGCGUCUUCGCCCCCCCGUCCCGCGUCCAGAGAAUCGGAGGACCCAAGGAAGGAGACGCGUCCAUGGUUAAGAAGGUCCACCAGGUGACCAUGUCGCAGCCCAAGCGGAACUUCAACGCGGUGAGGUCUCCCAAGGACAUCACAUCUGAGAGUUCAAUAUCCAGGUUGCUGUUCUGCUGCUGGUUCCCCUGGAUGCUCCGUGCUGAGAUGCAGUCCUAACCGUGCCCCCCCUUCCUCUCCUCCCCACUCCCCCUCCUCCUCCUCCGCCGCCACCAGACCAGCCGCACUCCUCCUCUUUCCGUCCAUCUUUCAGUUCCGUAUAUUUCUCUCAGUCUUAUCUAACCAGACUGUUGCUGUUGUCAGAAUUACAAUAGUGAACCUACACUCUUGCCCCCCGCCCCCCUCUCCACUAAUCCCUGCUCUUUGACAGCAGUCCUAUAGCAAAACCUAGUGCCUUGAAUGCCCUGGACCCGCAUUCCAUUUCUGUAACCUUGAUGAUUAUAAUUGUUACUCUCAAAUCUGGGACUCGAGCCCUGCAAAAUAAAUGAUGUAAAAGACAGGAUGUUAGUUAAGCCUCUUCUGAGUUCCCCACUAAGAUAUUGGAAGUAGUUUCCCUGAGUCAGAGGACAUCACGUCUCAAGAUGCUUGCUGUGUCUGGUAGAUUAAAACAGUUUGGUCAUUACAAUUGUUUAGUAGAGAAACAGAGAAAAGUGUAAGUAGCUUAAUCACACUUUGCUGCUACUUUACUUAAUUCUGCUGCUGCAUAGUAUUAACAGUUUCCCUGGAGACCAAGAACCUUGCCCAAUCUCAGAUUAAAACCUUUUGUGAGAUUAUGUUUAUCUUAAAAUGUACAAUAUAGGCACUACAAGUUAGGUUUUGUGUACUUGUUCCGGAAGAACCUUAGGCUUGAUCAAAGACAGGGUUCUGAUUCAUUCCUAAAGAAAAGAAAAACAUGCCAAUAACAUCCAGUAUUGCAUGUUCUAAUCUCAGUGAAAAGCAACAACAGGGUUUACCAUUUCACUGUCUAAAUGUGCUUCGCCUUGUCUUCCGUUUUAGACUUCUAGUUAAAUAGAAUAUAUCCAUACAGCAGUUACCUGCGUGUGUAAUAUAUCCAUACAGCAAUUACCUGCGUGUGUAAUUGCUAUGUGCCACCUGAGGGUUCGUUUUUUGAAACGUAUCAAAACAGAUUCUUACUGAUCACCAUGAAUAUGUUUAAUAAACCAGGGUUAAUUGUGAGGGGGAGUAUAGCUCAGUGGUUAGAGCACUUGACUGCAGAUCAAAAUGUGCAAAUGUUGCAGGUUCAAUUGCCCCCCUUUUACUGCACAUUGCUUUGAAUGGAAGCAAUGUCUUUUAUAGAAUUCAUAUAUUUGAUUGUUUAUUAAUAAUAGAAUCAUUGUCCUGGUAUACGUGAUGUGGAUGGGCUUGAGCAGAUCCACCACAUAAAACCCUGAUGUUAUGUAGAUCUGCUACAUGUUAACCAAAAUCGCUAACAACCCCAAAAUACAGUGUAACAAUGCAAUGGAAAAUGAGUUGAACUCACAGACUGUACAUACCGGCAGAUAUCUAGAGCUGUCGUUUCCUCCACAUCAGACAGCACAGACCUGACCCUGCAUUCAUGCUAGCAGAGCUGCGUUGGUCCUGAUUUGAAUGCGUUUGAAUCCCAAUGUCAACCUUGGACCGCAGGCCUCCCUUCCAUGUCAUGAUUCAUAGUAAAUGACUUUGUUUUGCCAAUGAUGAUAUCAAUCCCAGUGUAACUCCUGGGGUGUCCUGCUAGAAGCAGGAGCAAUCUCAUUAGAUCGCACCUCCAUCUCUUCCUCUCUCUCCUUCCCCUCUCUCCUCCAUCUCUCUAUAUAAGACUUUGGUUAAGUUCUGUGAAUGUGAACAUAAGAAGACAAAGAAAAAAAAUUGGACCAUCUAAAUCUCUUGUGUGCUUAAAUGUUUCAAUCUAUGAGUGUGCAUUUAAAAACAGCAAUAUUUAACCAGUGUACCUUGCUAUGUGGAUAUGGUUGAUGUCUUUGUGUACUCUAAUGCACCAUGUAAGCACACUAGGAAGGAGAAAACACUAGUGAGUAGGAAUCUUCUACUCUCUCUCUCUCUCUGUACACUGUUGUCGUGGGUGACAUUCUGUGUUGAACAGCAAGAACACCCUGGUUGUCAGGGUGACUCGCACUGUGUAGUUUCAAACUAACCGCCACAUAGCCUACUCUGACCACAGCUGGGCACUUGUGCACGACAUUCACUAAAGGAUUAUGGGUUCUGUCAUUUUUAAACAGCCUGUGAAAGAUGUUGCUCAACAAUGAUACAAGGGCAUCGCCAUUAUUCUAGAUUAAACUGGAUUUUGGAUAAGAUGUUUUAUUGGGCCACAGUCAUCCAUGCGGAAGAGUCCGCAGUUCAUUUUAGAGGCUUAACGCUGGGCCAGGAGUCACUUUCCUAAUGAUGUUUCAUUUGGUGACCAAACCAACAAAAUGUCUUACUUAUUUACACACAGGUUGGCUUAGACAUGGCUCUGGGCUUGGGCUCUUUACAUGGCUCUGGACUAGCCUAUGUGUGGGAAAACUCGUUUUCUUUUGGGGGGGGGGGGUUAUUGUUUUCUAGAUACCCUGCUGAAAUUGUGUCAAAUCAUGCCUUCCUGUUUAUUUACUGUUACAAGCAUCGGUGGCUACUUAGAUUAAUCAUCCACGCCAUUAGGCCUACUAAAGGUCUUGGUUCAUGAGUAACACUCAAGUUGCCAAACAGCGUAUUUUCUUUAUAUUUAAAACAUGUAACUAAAUUAAUAUAACAUGGUGUAACAUUGUGCAUAAGCUAUUUACUAACCCAGGGUUUGGCCAAAAAAAAUCCCAAUUCACUAGACUCAAGUUAAUUUGUCCGACACUGAAAUGGACCAAAAUAAUGGUAGAUUGUGUUUAUGCACGUUGUGUGUAUUUCUCAAUAGCGGAGCCUAUGUUGAACAUGACUAGGUGUUCUGACUAGGAUCUGCCGAUAGGUGUCGGUGUUGUAACACUUCGUCAUCUUCUGUACAAGUAAAUAGAAAAAUCCCCUUGAAUAUUAGGCUAUUCGAGGAUAAUAUGCCAUUUGAUUUUGAACUUUGUGUUGUAUGGUCAGUCUGAAAAUGCUGUUAUUCUUAAUCCUUGAAUAAUAACUAACUUUGGUCGGUUAAAUUUGUUGAAACACGUUUAAACAACUUGUUUGUCUUAAAAUAUUUAUUUUUAUCUUCCUGUUUUUUAAGUGUGUUUGAGUCUGUAUGUCCCCCAAAACAGGUAACAAAGUUAAGAGCAUUGUCUGUGUUCACCCCUCAUGUUGUCAUGUUUUAUUUAUGAUGAUAAAGAAUUUGGGGGGGAAGACUGUUGGAUUGAGUUCUGUUGUCAUGGUAAAUAACCGAUGCAUGCUCUGUAAGUAUUUUCUGACGGCUCCUUUUUUCCAACUCUGUAUCUCAGCAUGAAAAUGCUUAUAAAGACAACUAUGACUAUGAAAAUAAUAAAAUUUGAUGUUGAUUUU